AUGCUGAUCCCGGCGUGGGUCAGGAUGUCUGGCAAGACAGCUGUGGUGCUGGAUGGCAGAAGAGUGGGAGCAGGCAUCUUUGCGGCCUACUUCGAAGGCCCCCUGACGAGACGAGCCCUCCUUCACAAAGUUGGCAUGGGAAUGGAUGAGGGCAUUUCCGUGUUCCUGUUUGGCUCGUUACAACCGAUGAAUGAUGAGCAGCGGGAACCUCCAAGUCAAGGAGGACUUAUCCUUUUCCUCCGGCGUGGGGAAGUUCCGGAAUGGGCCACGGAGCUUGAGGAUAGACUGACUGACCCCACCAGAUGGAGACCUGAAGUUGAUCAUCCUCAACAUCUACCAGGACGUCACAUUGAAUUCCAAGGAGAAGAACAAACGUUUCUUCACCAGCUGGACAGGAAUGCGGCGCCGGACCCGCAGCGAAUGGCGGAUCAUGCCUUUGGGGCCCAUCAAGGGGAAGUGUGGCUUAGAGCCCCCACCCAGAGACCUAUGAGGAUGUACGCCAGGGGAAAAAGAGUUCAUUCGAUCAUUGCGGUGCUCAGUGCUGCACGGUAUCCCAGGGACAACACGAAGGUUGUGUUCCUCGACACCAGACCCAUCGGGCUCUGGCCGCAAUGGGUCGCUAUCCCUGGAGACCUACUGGACCCGGGAGCGUAUGCAGAGGGACUCCAAAUUCCCUAUAUCGAAGGCUACUCCUUGAUCAUCAAGGGAGGGCAACGACAUCGAGAUGGAGUCAGGAUCCGGGUUCUGGACGGAGAGGUCAUUGAGUUCCUCCUGAAAAGAUCUGAUGAGGUCACGCCUACGUCGUCUAGCCUAGAGCCGGACUCUAGUGAUGACGACGAUGACCACGGCGGGGACGAUGGGGACGACAACGAUCACCCCAUGCCAAACUCCAGUGACUUCUCGGACCCCUCACCGCCAGCUGGAGAAGGACCUUACGGACCACCGCCCCCCCGUCCGGUCAACGAAGAACGUAGUCGCUCCCCUAGAAGAGAGGACCGCAACCAUGGAGGCCAACCAGGUGAAGAUACAAGUGAAGGUCGCCAUCUACGACUGAGUGACCAUGUGCCACUGCCGGUCUACGACCUCACGGAUCAGUACAUUCCACUGCCCCACAAUGAAGAAGACCUUUGGGCCCUCUGCAAGCCAUGGGGAAAUGAAUGGAUUGUACAGCAAAUACCCGAGCUGAAUUGGCAUCCAGCCACUGCCAGCGAACUCCAUGGACAGAUGGCAUGGUCAGACCUGUUGGCGGCCAACAGCGGGGAGCACGUGGAACUUUGCCUCUACACGGACGGUUCUGCUGACCUCAAAGCGGGCCAAAGUGGUUAUGCGGUGACGAUACUCCUCAAGAUCGGAGCUGCGGCUGCCGUCUUUGGGAUCCUAGGAGGGCAACUACAUGGGAAUGAGCAAUCCCUGUGGGAAGAAACCAAUCAACCCUCGCUCGGUGCAGAGCAAGUUGCACUGGCUGCCGCACUACUUUGGAUCCUCCAGCUGAAAGCGAUGCUGCAGAAUGUGAAGGCCACCAUCUCCUAUGAUUGUUAUGCUGCCGGAAAGGCAGCAGAUGGACAAUGGGAAGCGCCCAACGAACUAGGAAUACGGACCUUCCACCUGUACCAUGCGAUCACUGCCCUUCCGGGCAUAGAGCUGGAAAUGAAUCAUGUCAAAGGACACAGCGGGCAUCCGUGGAAUGAAAUGGCGGACUGCAUUGCGAGAACUGCGGCCAAGGACAGGGAUAUCUUUGUCGGCCCCCCACCGGAAACCAUCCACACUUUCUUGAAACUGCAGCUGCAAUGGUUGGCACCGGCGAUCAAAGCCGCAAAAGAUGGUGCCCUACCGGUACGGCAUGGAUACCUUCAAUGGAGCGGCCAGCCCUUCCACGACCACUGCCUGGCCCCCAACGAUAUCAUCCCAGUGCAGGAAGGCGGGGCCGACGUGAACGGACAAAACCCGGCUUUCCGAACUAGGGCAGCCACCAUCAACAUCCAAGGCAUCUCGGGCAACCACCGAUACAUUGAGGAGCAAUUGAAUGACCUUGGGGUCAACCUGGUCUUCAUGCAAGAGACCAAGGAAAGACAAGGGAUGAUACGCGGGCCCCACUACCUGAGAUUCUCCACCGAAUCGGAAAGACACUUUGGUGUGGCCAUAUGGAUCCACCGGACCAUGGGCCUCCUCAACAUUGAUGGGGAGACGAAACAGGUCGAGGAGCAGAACGUGGUCACCCUGCUCCAAGGACCGCGUAUUCUGGCCCUAAAGAUCACUCUUCAGGAAGUGAAGAUUGCCCUGAUCGCCUCCCACUGCCCCCACGCUGGCCGAGCUGCAGAGCGAGAUGCUCAUCUACAGGAACUCAAGAAGCUGGCCGGCCAGGCCAAAAACAUGACGCUGGUCGUGAUCGGGACCGAUCUCAACGGAAGGUUACCACCGAACUACCGGCCGGCGACGGGGCCCCUUGAGUUUGACGAGCCCGACCGAACAGGUGAAAUCAUGGCUGACAUCAUGGCCGAACAAGGACAUCCCCGAGACGCUGGAGCACAGGCCCAAAAGCAGCAGCUCCUUUACAACUUGAUGGCGGCGGCGAUCAAAGUUGUGACCGCCAGGAUCAAGAAAACUAUCAUGGCGGCCAAGAACGAUUUCCUAAGCAACAUUGCGGCGGAAGCCAUGCCCCUCCUCGAAGACCCAAGAACGGGCCAACCCGCAGAAGCAGCGGGAGACAGGGACCGCAUCUGGCUGGAGCAUUUCGGCAAGCAAGAGCUGGGCACGGUUGAGAAGGUCACGGACUUCAUCAAGGUUGGCAUCAAAGGGGGCGACCCCGAGGAUGUGCAAUGGACAUGUCAGCUCCUACCUGACAUUUAUGAAGUGGCCAAGACGAUGCGAGCCGUCCCCAAAGGGAGAACGGCAGGACUGGACAACAUCCCCAGUGACGUCCUCGCACGUUGCCCCUGCAGACUUGCGGAAGCAGUUCAUCCCCUCUUUGUGAAGAGCCUCCUAGGAGGGACCCAGCCCCUUCAGUGGAGAGGGGGUAUCCUCUAUGAGGCCUACAAAGGAUCAGGACUGCAAUCCCAGGUCGACAACUUCCGGAGCCUCUUCAUUUCAAGCUUCUUGGGCAAGUCGCUGCAUAAAGCGCUGCGAAACAAGAUCCAGCAACAAGUUGAAAGCUUCCUUCAUCCGCUUCACUUUGGGUCAAGGAGACAUUCUCCGGUGAUGUUUCCAGCACUGUUUGUGGCAUCGCACCUGAGAAGGUGCAAGGCACAAAAAUUGAGUGCCUCAGUGUUGUUCAUCGACUCGAGGUCGGCCUAUUACAGGCUGGCCAGAGAGCUGGCGACUGGACCGAUAACCAGCGACACGGAGAUUGUCAAGAUCUUCCGCAUGUUUGGACUCCAAAAAGAAGACCUCGAUGAUCUCAUGGAGGAGGUCACUAAUGGAGGCAUGCUCCGACACGCUGGAGUCCCAGAGGCCAUCCAAAAGGCCACCGGUGACUUCUACAGAAUGACUUGGUGGGUCACGAAAUACAGCAACGGAGAAUUGCUGUGUCAUGCCAAGGCGGGCUCGCGCCCGGGCGAAGCGUGGGCGGACGUGCUGUUCGCGUUUAUCUACACGCGGGUGCUCUACAGGAUCCACGAGCACCUCGAAGGGGAAGGUAUCCUCUUCAAGAUGCCUCUGGACAAGGCUGCAGGAGUCCACCCGCCAGGCAGAGACACGACCCUCCACGACUGCUGGGACACUACGUGGGCAGACGACACGGCUCUGCUCACUGGAGCCGGCGCCAAAAAGGCGAGGAGGAAAACAUUCGGCAGCGGCAAGGCAGAGCUCUGGCUUGCAGAUCUGCAAGAGGCAGUACCAGUGGUCCAGGUGUACAAGCACCUGGGUGGUAUGGUCGAUGGAGCCAUGACCAUGAGUCAUGAAGUCCGCUACAGAAUGUCUAUGGCAGCCGCGGCCUUUGAGUCGGCCAAGAAGCUCAUCCUGCAAAACGAACGGGUGGCCCUCCAAGUACGAGGGCGAAUCUUCGAGGCCACCGUCACGCCGACGAUCUUCAACAUUGCGCUGUGGACUCCCGAAGGGAAGCAAUGGGAGAAACUCAGUGACGGGUACUCUAGGCAAGUGAGGAGACUUUUGGGCCGACAACUUGAAGGCCCUGAUCUCUUCCGCCUCCCGCUUUCCCUCGCGCACUGGGCCACGGGGUGCUGGCCACUUUACAUGAUUGCAAAAAGAGCGAGACUGAGCCUACUGGUCUCGCUAUGCAAAGCUGGACCCGAUGCCUUGUGGGCAAUGAUCCAGUUAGAGGGAACCUGGUGCCAGCAAGCGCUUCUUGACCUACGUUGGUUAGUUGAGGGCUUGGAGGACCAAUGGCCGGCGACCCGGAAGGAGAACUGGCCAGAAUGGUGGCACCUACUACGAGGGCAAGGACAGCGAGUCAAGAGGGUCCUGAAAAAGAAGAUGGCCAAGGACUUCGAGGCCUACAAGCGACAGGAGGCGGAAAGACUCUGCCUCUGGGGACUCAGCAAGGAGCUCGACAAAGACCGGCCUGGAGCGCAGCCUGAUGUGUCGUGGAGAUGCAGGCCGUGCGCUAAAGGAUUUGGCAGCCGUGCGGCGCUGUCGGUGCACUUCUUCGCCGCCCAUGGAAGGAUCGCCCGCUACAGAAAGCACGUUCGAGGAACGAAGUGCGCAGCAUGCGCGGUUGAGUUUUGGACGACGGGGCGACUCGAAGAUCACCUUCGUGCCAGCGGUGCAUGUGUGGACCAGCUCGAGGACCAGACCGCCGGGGAGAUCGAGAUCCAGCCAGGCUACGGCAGUCGUCAGCGACGGCAGAACGAGGCGGCCAACUUUACUCCCGCAGCAGCGCCUUCCGGUGGAACCCUACAGAGUGCCCGGACAAGGACAAUCCAACACCCUGGCGAGGCCAUGCGUCGGAAUGAAUGGGAAGAGGCCCUGUACAAGGGACUCUCUGACCUCCUCAUUGGGGAGCAUUGUCCGGGUCACGAAGUAGAGCUGCGAAGCAAAAUCCGGGAGGGAGUCAACUGCCACCCGCUUUACCCGGAGGAGUUUCAGAAGGUAAUUGACACGAUCCUGGAAGAGGCUGCAAGCCUGCAACAAGAUCCGGACCUCAGCCCGUGGGGUGCUCGGCAGUACGAGGUGAUCGUCGAGGCACUGACCGAGUCGUACGACCCGGGCGAGGCAGAUGCUAAUGAUCAAAAAAUCGAGACUGCCCUCCCCUACGCGGACUUCAAGAAGCACAUCGCAGACUACGAUUGGCAGCGCGCCAUUCAUGCACACAGGCAGGGAUACGAGACCCACGAAGAGUCACUUUUUGAGUUGGGCGAUGACUGGGAAGCUGCAUGGCAUCGUCAAAUGAGUGGCUUGAAGGUUGCAGCCGUGGCCCGUGACCUGUGUAGCCUACUGCCCCGGCCCUUGCAAGAUGCAUGGCGGGCUUUCAGGACAAGAAAGGAUGUGCGUAUUAGAGCGCCAGACAACUUCUGGUGCUCCACGCUCUCGAGGCCUUUUGGCCCAUUUAGAGAGCUCGCUUGCAAGCCAUAA